AAAACAAACCGAAACUACUAACCGAGACCCACUGAAAGCCAUAAGUCAAAGCAUUGUCAUCGCAACGGCAGCAACUUGGCCUGAACUCUGUCAGUCAGUCCAGUCAGUCGAGCGGUGCGUUGCUCAUUGAAAAGAUCUCCAAAACUCCACCUCCGGUUGGUGCUACAAAAAAGAAAUACUGUGGAAAAAAUCCCAAUAAAACACCGCACUUACGCCAACGAUUCAAUUAAACUGGAAAUUCGUGUGUUUGUUAUUUUUCCGCUGAUUCACUUCACUUUGCGCCGGAAGUUUUCCAACAUUUCCACGACUUCCAUCCCUCCGUAAGCUGUCGCGUGUGCGGCUAUUAGUUUGAAUGUGCACCUGAUUUUAUCGGCCAAACCCCACCCACUAGAAUCCGGCUAACUUGGCUUACGUUAACCGCGCGAAUCAAAUAAAUUUGAGCCACAAUUAACCAGUGCUGUCAUUUGUCCACCGAUGCCUCAAUGGAGAAGAACUGGCAUUUAACAUUUUUGGCAUAUUUUUUGUGGGAUUUGUGCGCGUGUGAACUUCAAUUUGUGUCUCGACCCAAUUAAGCAAAACUAAAACAAAUAAAAUUAAAAGAAAUAUUUUAAUUAUAUCAGCUGAUGGCAGUGGCAGAAAAAAGCUUUCACUGCACAACCACCAAACCCGUUUUCAUAUUUUAAACUUCGGCACAAAACCCACAGCCAUAGCCACUGGUCGGUGGUUUGAAUCGUUGCUGCUUUUACUAUAAGGGACAUAAUAAGAUAUAUAGUAAAGCGACACAGAGCCGCAUCGCAUUCGGCAACUUGUUUAUUUCAAAAUUAUAUAUAACAAACGAAGAAAACGAGGAAAAAAAAGCCCCAAAAACGGGUAUCUUAUAAAUAGUGCGCUUUGUUUCGGCAUUCAACAUCAACAACAACCACAACAUUAUCGACAAGAGCAACACCUCAAGCACUCACCUCACCUCACCUGCCCAGAAGAGCGGCGGCUCUCAAUCUUUUUGGCGUAGGUCAGGCCAGAGCUUUGGCUUUGGAUCAAAAAAAAAAUAAGAAAAAAUUCCACUUUUAUAUACCUAUCAGUUCCCGGCUUUUUGAGGCACCACCGGAGACAGAGAAUCCCAUCGAUGGGUAUCAUCUUCCCUUCGUAGAUUGGACCACCUGUCACUCGGAAUUCGGAGCUCGGAGGAAAUAAUUGAAAAUAUGCUGCACUGGUCGCUGAUCGUCAGCGCCCUGGGCGUCUGUGUGGCCGCCUUGGGCGGCUACGCGGGUUGGAUUCUCUUUCCCAACAUGGUACACAAGAAGGUCGAACAGAGCGUCAUCAUAGCCGAUGGCUCUGAGCAGUACAAGCGCUUUGUAAACCUGCCUCAACCUUUGAACUUUAAAGUCUAUAUAUUUAAUGUCACAAAUCCGGACAGGAUACAACAAGGUGCCAUACCCAUAGUCGAGGAAAUAGGACCCUAUGUCUACAAGCAGUACCGUCAAAAGAAGGUAAAGCAUUUCUCGCGGGAUGGAUCAAAAAUAACUUAUGUGCAAAAUGUGCACUUCGAUUUUGAUGCCGAUGCCUCAGCUCCCUACACCCAAAAUGAUAGAAUAGUGGCUCUCAAUAUGCACAUGAAUGCAUUUUUACAAGUAUUCGAAAGAGAAAUCACAGACAUCUUUCAGGGGUUCGCCAAUCGGCUGAACUCCCGAUUGAAUCGAACUCCUGGCGUCAGGGUCCUGAAACGUCUGAUGGAACGUAUUCGAGGGAAACCUCCCUUUAGCUGGGUCCAUGGCAUCGUAGUAAGCAUCAUCGAUGGUGUCAAAAGCGUCCUGCAAAUCUCAGAGAACGAUCCUGGAUUGGCUCUGCUUUUGGUCCACUUGAAUGCCAAUCUCAAGGCGGUUUUCAACGAUCCUCGCUCGAUGUUCGUCCACACUUCUGUGAGGGAAUACCUGUUCGAUGGAGUACGGUUCUGCAUUAAUCCCCAGGGUAUUGCCAAGGCCAUUUGCAAUCAGAUCAAGGAGAGCGGCUCCAAGACCAUUCGAGAGCAGAGUGACGGUAGCUUGGCCUUUUCCUUUUUUGGACAUAAAAACGGUUCUGGUCACGAAGUCUACGAAGUGCACACUGGAAAAGGAGAUGCCAUGAGGGUACUGGAGAUCCAGAAACUGGACGACAAUCACAACCUCCAGGUCUGGCUGAAUGCCAGCACCGAGGGAGAGACCUCCGUCUGCAAUCAGAUCAAUGGAACCGAUGCCUCCGCUUAUCCGCCAUUCCGGCAGCGAGGGGACUCCAUGUAUAUAUUCAGCGCCGAUAUCUGCAGAUCGGUUCAGUUAUUCUACCAGUCGGAUAUACAGUACCAGGGUAUUCCCGGCUAUCGCUACUCCAUCGGGGAGAACUUCAUCAACGACAUCGGUCCGGAACACGACAACGAGUGCUUCUGUGUCGACAAGUUGGCGAAUGUGAUUAAGCGGAAAAAUGGAUGUCUAUAUGCCGGAGCCUUGGACCUGACAACCUGUCUAGAUGCCCCUGUUAUUCUGACAUUGCCUCACAUGCUGGGCGCCUCGAACGAGUACAGAAAGAUGAUCCGAGGCCUGAAACCAGAUGCCAAAAAGCACCAGACCUUCGUCGAUGUCCAGUCGUUGACGGGUACGCCCUUGCAAGGCGGGAAAAGGGUGCAGUUUAACAUGUUCCUCAAGAGUAUAAAUCGCAUAACCAUCACGGAGAACCUGACCACGGUUCUGAUGCCAGCCAUUUGGGUGGAAGAGGGCAUCCAACUGAAUGGUGAAAUGGUGGCGUUCUUCAAGAAAAAAUUAAUUAACACCCUAAAGACCCUCAAUAUGGUCCACUGGGCGGCCUUGUGCGGCGGCGUGGGCGUGGCAGUUAUAAGCUUAUUAUAUUAUAUCUAUCAAAAGGGGCGUGUCGAGGAGCCGCCCGUGAAGUAAGAUACUACACACUUAUUUCUUAUUGAGUGUUUUGUGCAAAAAUUAUUACAUUAAUUAUGGAUGUAACACACACUGUUUUUGUCUACGAAUUUGUAUAUAAUUUAUUUUUUAAAUGUGAUUAUAUUUUAUUGUGAUUUAGCGUUUACUAAAAAAAAAAAACAAGAAAAACUACCACAAUCGAA